GUCGGGGCUGAACGCAGCCCAGGAAAUAUGCUCCGCCCAUCUCCGACACCGAAUAUUUCAGAACAACGUCAACGGAACACUUUUAUGGAUCACAAUCUACAUUUAUUUUUAGGGAAAGCAGUGAACAUGAAGCUUCUCUCUAUUGUAUCAUCAUCGUUGCUAUGGUGUUUACUCGACCAUGGUGUGUCUGGUGUUAGGGAUGAUGUGUCCUUGUCAGCGAAUGAGGGAGAUUCAGUCACUCUCCACACUGGUGUUAAAACAGACCAACAAGAAAAGAUUAGAUGGUAUUUUAGUGACAUUCGCAUCGCUGAAAUUACUGGAGAUUUCGGUUUUAUCUGUACAGAUGUUCAGUGUAAAGACGCUGAUGGGAGAUUCAGAAACAGACUGAAGCUGGAUCAUCAGACUGGAUCUCUGACCAUCAAAGACACCAGAACCACAGACUCAGGAGUUUAUAAACUAAAGAUCAUGAAAGACAGAAGAGACAGUGAAAAGAUCUUCAUUGUUUUUGUUCAUGGUUUUUUCAGUGUUGAUACAGAUGAAGAAUCAGCGUUUGUGAUGGAGGGAGAUUCAGUCAUUCUACACACUGAGGUUGAAACAAACCAACAAGAAAAGAUUAGAUGGUAUUUUAAUGACACUCGCAUCGCUCAAAUCACUGGAGAUCAGACUAAUAUCUGUACAGAUGUUCAGUGUAAUGAAGGUACUGAGAGAUUCAGAGACAGACUGAAGCUGGAUCAUCAGACUGGAUCUCUGACCAUCAUGAACACCAGAGAACCGGACUCUGGAGUUUAUCGUCUACGGAUCAUCAUCAGCAGCAACAUCAAUGAAAAUAUCUUCAUUGUUGCUGGAUAUGGUGUUUCUGCUGCUGAACAAGAUCAAGGAGAAGCUGUCACUUUAGACUCUCGUGUAAUUAAAAUACAGAAUGAUAUGAUGACGUGGUAUUUUAAUGACAUUCUCAUCACUGAAAUCACUGGAGAUCAGAGUAAGAUCUGUACAGAUGAACAGUGUAAAGAGAGAUUCAGAGACAGACUGGAGCUGGAUCAUCAGACUGGAUCUCUGACCAUCACAAACACCAGAACCACAGAAUCUGGACUCUAUAAACUACAGAUGAACCACAGCAGAAUCAGUAUCAUAAAGAUAUUCAGUGUUACUGUCACUGCUGUUCCAGAUUCGAAUGCUGCUGCUGCUGUUGCUGCUGUUAUUGUUGCUGUUCUGCUGGUGGCUGCAGCUGCUGUCAUUUACUAUCGCCAAAGGAAAUCUACACAAGAAGGACAAAAUGACACAAUGCAGCACAAUCAUGAUCAGUUUGUGCAUUUCAUGUGAGGAGGAAGAUGGAGGCCUGUGGGGUGUUCAAGAAUAUUAUCACAUGGAAAUGGUCGCCUUCACUUGAAUUUCCUGCAUGCUCAGUCCAGUCUCUACUGUGACUGUCUCUAAUGUGUCACUCGUAUAGUUUUGGAUAGGGAAAAAUGCAACACUCAGUAUGGCCAAUCUAUCAAAGGAAGCCUUGCCUUCUACAUAAAAGAGCCAAUGGCUAAUCGGUAAAGUCAUCGCGUCACUGCAGCUACCGUUAGAAAUCCCAUUGCUAUAGAAACAGUCAGUGUUCUGAGACGUGUGCUUAUGACUGUGCAUGCGCACUGGCUAGUCUAGCCUGGAAAAUAAGCUUUUUUAAUGCUAUUGAGCAAAAGAAACAACAUUUA